AUGUGCUUUGGUGCAGAGCCCUCAAAGACAAAGUACUACUACCGGGAGGAGAUCGUCCCCCCGAGGAGACAUCACCAUCACCACCACCACCAUGGACAUCAUCACCACGGGCAUCACCACCACUCGCCCAGGUCUUCGUAUGUGAGCGUCUCAUCGCACAGGUCACACCACGGUCACCAUGGUCAUCACCAUCACAGCCCGCGCGCCAGCGGGCCAGUCAUCUACCAGCGCAGCAGCGAGACCACGAGCAGGCGAUAUGUCUGA